AUGGCAGUGAUGGAAAUGGCCUGCCCAGGCGCCCCCGGCUCCACGGUCGGGCAGCAGAAGGAGUUCGCCAAAGCCAAGGAGAAGACACAGGUGAUGGGGAAGAAGCAGAGCUCCGUCCACAAGCUGGAGGCCGUGGAGAAGAGCCCCGUAUUCUGCGGGAAGUGGGAGAUCCUGAACGACGUGAUCACCAAAGGAACAGCCAAGGAUGGCUCUGAAGCUGGGCCAGCCGCCAUCUCCAUCAUCGCCCAGGCCGAAUGUGAGAAUAGCCAAGAGUUCAGCCCCACAUUUUCAGAACGGAUCUUCAUCGCUGGCUCAAAACAGUACAGCCAGUCUGAGAGUCUUGAUCAGAUUCCCAACAAUGUGGCCCACUCGACCGAGGGUAAAAUGGCCCGUGUGUGCUGGAAGGGGAAGCGCCGCAGCAAAGCCCGGAAGAAACGCAAGAAGAAGAGCUCCAAGUCCCCGGCUCAGGCGGGGGUGGCCUUGGCCAAACCCCUCCCCAGGACACCCGAGCAGGAGAGCUGCACAGUCCCGGUGCAGGAAGAUGAGUCUCCACUGGGUCCCCCAUAUGUUAGAAAUGCCCCGCAGUUCACCAAGCCUCUGAAGGAGCCAGGCCUUGGUCAGCUCUGGUUUAAGAAGCUCGGGGAGGGCCUGCGGCCAGCGCUGCCUCGACCAGAACUCCACAAACUGAUCAGCCCCCUGCAGUGUCUGAACCACGUGUGGAAAGUCCACCACCCACAGGACACUGGCCCCCUGCCCCAGGCCUUCCCCUACAGCAGGCUGCCUCAUCCCUUCCCGUUCCACCCUCUCCAGCCCUGGAAGCCUCACCCGCUAGAGUCCUUCUUCCUCGGCAAACUGGCAAACUGUGUAGACGGCCAGCAGCCCCUGCCCGGCCCUCACCUGAGCAGACUGGCCUGUGUAGACAGCCAGAAGCCCCUGCCCAGCCCUCACCUGAAGCCCAGCUGCCCAUCUCGUGGCUCAAGUGACAAGCUGUCCGUGGAGGAGUACCUGGUACAUGCUCUGCAAGGCAGCGUGAGCUCCGGCCAGGCCCACAGCCUGGCCAGCCUGGCCAAGACCUGGUCAGUGGGGGGCUCCAGGCCCCAGGAGCCCAACCCCGAAACUGAGGACAGCGAGGGGGUCCUACUUAUCGAGAAACUCAAGCCGGUGGAUUAUGAGUACCGAGAGGAGGUCCACUGGGCCACGCGCCAGCCCUGCCUGGGCAGAGGCUCCUUUGGAGAGGUCCACAGGAUGGAAGACAAGCAGACCGGCUUCCAGUGUGCCGUCAAAAAGGUGCGUGUCGAAGUAUUUCGGGCUGAGGAGUUGAUGGCAUGUGCGGGAUUGACCUCCCCCAGAAUCGUCCCUUUGUAUGGAGCUGUGAAGGAAGGGCCUUGGGUCAACAUCUUCAUGGAACUGCUGGAAGGUGGUUCGCUAGGUCAGCUCAUAAAGCAGAAAGGCUGUCUGCCAGAGGACCGGGCCCUUUACUACCUGGGCCAGGCGCUGGAAGGCCUGGAAUACCUCCAUACCCGCAGGAUUCUACAUGGAGAUGUGAAAGCCGACAACGUGCUCCUAUCCAGUGAUGGGAGCCGCGCAGCCCUCUGCGACUUUGGCCACGCUGUGUGCCUUCAACCCGACGGCCUGGGGAAGUCUUUGCUCACAGGGGACUACAUCCCUGGUACAGAGACCCACAUGGCGCCAGAGGUGGUGAUGGGCAAGCCCUGCGAUGCCAAGGUGGACGUCUGGAGCAGCUGUUGUAUGAUGCUGCACAUGCUCAACGGCUGCCACCCCUGGACCCAGUACUUCCGAGGACCGCUCUGCCUCAAGAUUGCCAGUGAGCCGCCACCUGUGAGGGAGAUCCCGCCCUCCUGUGCCCCGCUCACGGCCCAGGCCAUCCAGGAGGGGCUCAGGAAGGAGCCGGGCCACCGGGCUUCUGCAGUGGAGCUGGGGGGGAAGGUCAGCCUGGCCCUGCAACACGUGGGAGGUCUGAGGAGUCCCUGGAGGGGAGAAUACAAAGAACCAAGACAUCCGCCGCCACUCCAAGCCCACCCACCGCCAAGCCAAGGCCACCCUCACCAGACCCUGUGUGCCCCGCCAGGGGAGCUCUCACCAGGGGCCCCGGGGCUGCAGCCAGCUAAGGACGCAGCAGGCGGGGCCCCUAAGCUCCAACCUCCUCCACCCCCAGACCCCCCAGAGCAGAUCAAGUCUCCCAGCCUGCACUGGGGCAAGGAGGAGUCUGGGACAUGGGACCCACUGCCCCUGUCCUCCCUGGAUCCGGCCCCCGCCAGGAACCCCAGCUCACCCGAGCGAAAGGCAACCUUUCCUGAGCAGGAGCUGCAGCAGCUGGAGAUAGAGUUAUUUCUGAACAGCCUGUCCCAGCCGUUCUCCCUGGAAGAGCAGGAGCAGAUCCUCUCGUGCCUCAGCGUCGACAGCCUCUCCCUGUCAGACGACAGUGAGAAGAACCCGUCCAAGGCUUCUCAGAGCUCACGGGACACGCUGAGUUCUGGCGUGCACUCGUGGAGCAGCCAGGCGGAGGCCCGCAGCUCCAGCUGGAACAUGGUGCUGGCCCGGGGGCGGCCCACCGACACGCCAAGCUAUUUCAACGGUGUGAAAGUCCAAAUACAGUCUCUCAAUGGCGAACACCUGCACAUCCGGGAGUUCCACCGGGUCAAGGUGGGAGACAUCGCAACGGGCAUCAGCAGCCAGAUCCCAGCUGCAGCCUUCAGCUUGGUGACCAAGGACGGGCAGCCCGUGCGCUACGACAUGGAGGUGCCGGACUCAGGCAUUGACCUGCAGUGCACCCUGGCCCCAGACGGCAGCUUCGCCUGGAGCUGGAGGGUCAAGCACGGCCAGCUGGAGAACAGGCCCUGA